CCUGCGUUUCACAGACGCCACCCUGCCCGUAAACUCGUAGCUAACAAAAGAGUAAUAAACGCCAUAGCUGACUGAAGCAGUUUCUUCGUGAUUGGAUGAAACAGAGAACGGAUCCCCUGUCUAACUCUCUGAUUGAUCUAAGCCGACUCAUGAUCUCUUGCAACUGAAAUUGUUUAGUUAUUGAAUAGUGACACAGCUCGUUAUGUCGAUUCGGAGUACGGUGAAUUCCAAGGGUUCUUGUGUUUUACUGGUCUUUUUCAUUUUUCUCAACUGCUUUCCAGGUUUCGUGUUAGCAGCACCUGUAACGCUUGAUUCGAUUGAAAUAUAUACUACUCACGAAUGGAUACCAUACUCCGAACCAACAGUUUAUUUCCAGUGUAAUGGAGAGAACAAGACGAUUUUGCCGGAUGUCAAGCUCGCAGAUCAUAUGUAUUCUUUCAAGAGGGAAGAAUCUUGGCAGCCACUAACAGAUUUUUCGGGCAAUAAAUGCAAGCGAUGUGGGUUUUAUGAGGAGGAUACAAUUAAGUCAGAUGAUGUAUUUGAUGAGUGGGAGUUUUGUCCUUCUGAUUUUAUGGCUACAAAGGGGAAAUAUACUCGAGAAAAGGAAAAGGAAUUUAAGGCUACUUUCCUGUGUCCGGAUUGCAAGUCUGUAGCAAGCUCCGCUAGCACACCUAAGGGAGAAGAGCGGUGGAAUGUUGGUAUAAUAAUACUUAUUGCAGUACUUGCUUCAACUGCAUUGAUAGUGGGAGGGGUGGCAGCAUAUAGGUACUGGCAAAAAAAGAGGAGAGAACAAGAACAAGCUCGGUUUUUAAAGUUGUUUGAAGAUCGGGAUGACAUUUUGGAUGAAUUAGGCCUUGAUAUGUAAUACAGUAAAUUACAAUGACUUGAAUAUCUACUGUAUAAAGUGUCCAUCUUACAUAAAUUUUGCUAGUGAGUAGAAAAUCAAAAAUAUUAUUUCUCUUUGUAUUAAUUUUGCGCAAUGCCUGUAACCAUAUGUUUUGAGGUAGUGACUUCUUGCUGAUACUUGUCUAUAUAUGCUAAUAUGGGUAAAACUUGCAGCCUUUUUUGGCAGUUUUAGGA